AUGCACCCAAAGCGUUCCUCGAGCCCCAAGGCCCUGGAGCCAUCGCCAAUGGCCGACAUCAGUCUGUCCCUGCGCACCGCAUUCAUGGAUAACACACAUUACCGUCGAGAGAGCGAUUCGCUGUCUACUAGUGCCCUCAGCUCCGCCAGCGGCAGUCCGACCUCAUCCCCUGGCUCGAGCUGGCCCUUUCGCAAGCACCGCUUCUCCGGCUCCAACAGCCGCGAUCGCAGCCGGAGUCCCUUUGGCAGUAUCAUCCCCUUUGCCUUUCGCCGCUCGUCCCCUUUCUUCCUCCGCAGACGCCCCUCGGCCGUGGAUCUGGCAUUGAGCGAAGAACGUUCUCGCUGCGACGAAGAUACCGCCGAGCGCGUUGGUCUGAGUUUGAUGGAGCCACGCCCGGUCGACCCCAUCCCCAUCGCCAUGGAUCUGAAUGCCCAUGUGCUAGAGGACGUGUCUAGCCAGCGAAGCUCCUGGGCUCAGUCAUCGCAGUGCUCAGUGCGUACGAACCCACAACAGCCCCGAUACGUCAUGGGUGGCAUUGUCGAGGUCAUGGAGGGUGACGCUUGA